ACCAAAAUCAAAAACAACGAGGGAGUUGUUGAACCGCGACUCCCCUUUCUUUCGCCUCUCUCAGAAACAGAGGUAGAUUCAGACGACGACAAAUUUCUGCAGACACGACGAAGAUGGCCAACCACACCAACCAUCACCGGCACAGCAGCAUCGGCUGGGUGGCGAUCGCAGGCUUCUUCUUCCUCUCCAUGGUCCUUCUGCUUCUCUCUACGAGUUAUGCAUCUUCUUUUCCAGGAUUUGGAUUUUGGCUGUCUACUGAUUCAGUAGAUUCUCCGACGCGAGCUGAAAUCGGAGAGGAGACGACGAAGAAGGAGCAGCCGCUGUGUGAUCUUACUCUACGAAGAACAGAGAUUUGCGACAUGGCCGGCGAUGUCAGAGUUCAUGGCAAUUCCUCCACCGUCCUCUUCGUCACCGCCUCCGGAUCGCAGGAGUCCUACAAGAUCAAGCCCCACCCGCGGAAAGGCGACGGCGCCGCCAUGGCGAGCGUCAGCGAGGUGACCGUUAAGUCGAGCAGUCAGCGAGACGCGCCGCGAUGCACCGUGACGAGCCGCGUUCCGGCGGUCAUCUUCUCCAACGGCGGGUACAUGUUUAACUUCUUCCACGACAUCAGCGACGCGCUCAUCCCGCUCUUCCUAUCUUCGCGCGAGUUCGACGGCGAGGUCCAGUUCCUGGUCCGCGACAUGCUGCCGUGGUGGGUGGAGAAGUUCGAGCCGCUCCUCAAGGGUCUCUCGCGCUACGACCUGAUCGAUCUGAACGGCGACCGGGAGGUUCGGUGUUUCUCCCGCGUCAUCGUGGGGCUUCAGUACCACGGAGAUCUGUACAUCGACCCGGACCUCGCCGGAGGGAUCACCAUGCUGGACUAUGGCCGGUACUUGAGGAAGUCGCUGGGGCUGAAGCGUGAGACGGCGGUGAAGCUGCGGACGGCGGAGAAGAAGGAGAAGCCGAGGGUGCUGAUCAUCAACCGGAAAGGGACGCGGAAGUUCACGAACGUAGGGGAGAUCGCGCGGAUGGCGGAGAUGUCCGGGUUCGAGGCGGUGGUGUCGGAGAUGCAGAGCAACGCGACGCUGGCGGAGGUGGCGCUGGAGGUGAACUCGGCGGACGUGCUGGUGGGGGUGCACGGGGCGGGGAUGACGAACUUGGUGUUCAUGCCGGCGGGCGGCGUGUUGGUGCAGAUCGUGCCGUUGGGGAGGAUGGAGGACGUGUGCUGGAUCAACUACGGGGCGGCGGCGGUGAGGAUGAGGCUAAACUACGUGCAGUACAGCGUGAGGGCGCCGGAGAGCAAUCUGAUCGAUGAGUUCCCGAAGGACGAUCCGGUGAUCUUGGACCCGAAGGCGGUGUUCGAGAAGCAGGGGUCGGGGACUUGGGUGUCGCUGUACAUGCACCGGCAGACGGUGAAGCUGGACGUCGAGAGAUUCAGGAGCGUGCUCUGGCACGCUCGGGAGAUCUUUCGCCAGCCAUGGAAUUGACGAUCACGAUUCUUCUGUUCAUCACAAAACCAGAAAAUCGAUGUGCUUGAUUUUUCAGAUUUUAACAAGAACGGAAUGAAAGUUCUAUCCAUUGUUCAGAUUCAGAUAUCUUAUCAUUAAUUUUUAUUUCUUGA